GAAUACUUCACUUUGAUUAGUUUUGACCAUAGCCUAUCUAUUGUUGAUUGCUGAAGCUGAAGUGCAGACUUGCAGAGUGAAAAACAAAACUCAUCAUUUUUCAAGUUUAUAAAAAUAAAAGUAGAGAUAAAAAGUGGGCAAAAUGUUAGAAAAAGUUCUUCUUUCUACGGAUGUGGCAUUAGUUUGUGUUCAACAUGCAUUAUCAACUGAAAAAGAGGAAAUAAUGGGAUUACUUAUUGGGGAAGUUCACAAUAAUGGAGCACUUGUAUCCAUAGUCUCCUCAGUUAUCUUACGACGAUUAGAUAAAAAGCCUGACCGAGUUGAGAUAUCAGAGGAACAACUGGUCCAAGCCACUUUAAGAGCUGAGGAAUUGGCUGCUGAAGUAGAUCGUCCAUUGAGAGUUGUGGGUUGGUACCAUUCUCACCCACACAUAACAGUUUGGCCUUCACAUGUUGACCUUGCUACCCAAUCAAUGUAUCAGAGAAUGGACUCUAGUUUUGUGGGCAUAAUAUUUGCCGUUUUUUUGACUGAACAAUCAACCAAGGCUCCUUCAGUACAAAUAACGUGUUUCCAAUCAAUUAAUGGAUCAAAUCAAACAAGGCGAGAAAUUGAUAUGGAAAUUAGAAACAGUAGUAAUGCCUUAUUAUCAAAUAAUUUUCAGAUUCUUACCCAAUUGCCUGCUAUCCUCAAAGAAGAAGAAGAUGAAGCAUACAGCAAUGAAGUAGGACAAAAUUAUCUAGAGGAAGAUAUAAUAAACAAACAACACAAUGCUGCUGUCCGAACUAUUGCAAUUGGACACAUAGUAGAAAAGUUUUUUUCCAGAUGUCUCGCCCUAUGUUAGAAGGUCUUGUAGCAAGGAAUGCAGUAAAUAAUGUACGCUUGAAAGCAUUGAAGAAACAUCACCAAGACUUAAUGUCAAGAUUGGAAAAUUGUAUGUAAUGGAAAUGUACAAAUAGUAUGAACGUAUGUACAAAUAGUAAUAAAUAAAAAUCACAAUUAUCUUUAUUUAAUGUUGUGGAUUUUUACAAUAAACAUGAUAUUAAUUCA